GCUUUCGAAAGUUCUCUGAAAGAGGUAUGACGCCAGUGUGACCGGGUAUAAAGAUGCAGCAUCUUGGAGAGAUCAAGUAAGUUUUGCUGAGACACUGAUCACAGCCGAGCUCUCAUUUGUAAUGAAAGUUUUCACAGGGUUAGCGGUGCUCUUGGUUCUGGCGGCAGCGGCUCUGGGUGCCCACCUGCAGUCACUGGCUGACCCGCCAGUAUGUCCAGAGCGGAUACCGGGCGUGAUACUCAACAUUACCUUCUACCCAAAUGAAGAUGACUGCAGCAAGUACUGGGAGUGUGACAAUGGAAACCUUUAUAACGGAUCGUGUACUGAUGGCUUGAUAUGGAAUCCCAACGAGGACUCUUGUGACUGGCCAUAUAAUUACGACUGUCCUUACGAUAAGAAGAAGCAAAGUCUGUUGCCGGGUGAGGUUCCCCAACUGCAGUCACGUGCAGAUCCGCCAGUAUGUCCAGAGCGGAUCCCGGGCGUGAUACUCAACAUUACCUUCUACCCAAAUGAAGAUGACUGCAGCAAGUACUGGGAGUGUGACAAUGGAAACCUUUAUAACGGAUCGUGUACUGAUGGCUUGAUAUGGAAUCCCAACGAGGACUCUUGUGACUGGCCAUAUAAUUACGACUGUCCUUACGAUAAGAAGAAGCAAAGUCUGUUGCCGGGUGAGGUUCCCCAACUGCAGUCACGCGCAGACCCGCCAGUAUGUCCAGAGCGAAUUCCAGGUGUGGAAAUGAACAUUACCUUCUACCCUAAUGAAGAUGACUGCAGCAAGUACUGGGAGUGUGACAACGGAAACCUAUACAAUGGCUCAUGUUCUGAUGGCUUGGUGUGGAAUCCCAAUGUGGACUCUUGUGACUGGCCAUAUAUUUACGACUGUCCUUACGAUAAGAAGGAGCAAAGUCUGUUGCCGGGUGAGGUUCCCCAACUGCAGUCACGUGCAGAUCCGCCAGUAUGUCCAGAGCGGAUCCCGGGCGUGAUACUCAACAUUACCUUCUACCCAAAUGAAGAUGACUGCAGCAAGUACUGGGAGUGUGACAAUGGAAACCUUUAUAACGGAUCGUGUACUGAUGGCUUGAUAUGGAAUCCCAACGAGGACUCUUGUGACUGGCCAUAUAAUUACGACUGUCCUUACGAUAAGAAGAAGCAAAGUCUGUUGCCGGGUGAGGUUCCCCAACUGCAGUCACGCGCAGACCCGCCAGUAUGUCCAGAACGAAUUCCAGGUGUGGAAAUGAACAUUACCUUCUACCCUAAUGAAGAUGACUGCAGCAAGUACUGGGAGUGUGACAACGGAAACCUAUACAAUGGCUCAUGUUCUGAUGGCUUGGUGUGGAAUCCCAAUGUGGACUCUUGUGACUGGCCAUAUAUUUACGACUGUCCUUACGAUAAGAAGGAGCAAAGUCUGUUGCCGGGUGAGGUUCCCCAACUGCAGUCACGUGCAGAUCCGCCAGUAUGUCCAGAGCGGAUCCCGGGCGUGAUACUCAACAUUACCUUCUACCCAAAUGAAGAUGACUGCAGCAAGUACUGGGAGUGUGACAAUGGAAACCUUUAUAACGGAUCGUGUACUGAUGGCUUGAUAUGGAAUCCCAACGAGGACUCUUGUGACUGGCCAUAUAAUUACGACUGUCCUUACGAUAAGAAGGAGCAAAGUCUGUUGCCGGGUGAGGUUCCACAACUGCAGUCACGCGCAGACCCGCCAGUAUGUCCAGAACGAAUUCCAGGUGUGGAAAUGAACAUUACCUUCUACCCUAAUGAAGAUGACUGCAGCAAGUACUGGGAGUGUGACAACGGAAACCUAUACAAUGGCUCAUGUGCUGAUGGCUUGGUGUGGAAUCCCAAUGUGGACUCUUGUGACUGGCCAUAUAUUUACGACUGUCCUUACGAUAAGAAGGAGCAAAGUCUGCUGCCAAGUAAACCGACUGAGUGUCCUCAAACUUCAAAUGGUAAACAACUGACAGUCACAUUUUAUCCCGACGAAAAAGAUUGCACCAAAUUCUGGUCAUGCUACAACGGAAAUCUCGUCAAGGGUUCAUGUCCAGUUGGUUUGAUAUGGAAUCCCAAGAUUAAUGCUUGUGACUGGCCUUAUAACUACAAAUGCGAAUACUAGAGUAGGAAAUCUAUUUCUGCAGUAGUAGAGUCUGUCGGUCCACCAAUAAGCCCUCUUACAGUUGGCAUCGUCAUGUCUUAUCCCAAUGAAAACGACAUCCAAAACUACUGGAAAGGUGUCUAUGGUGAGGUAAGAGAGUGUAACGGCGACAUUGACAUGGUGUGUGAUCCCAGCGCGAAAAAGUGUACUGUGUAAAUUAUUUAACUUGUAAUACAUAUACUGAGUAAGCUAAAAUUAUCUCGUAACCUCAGGAAUCAACCGAAGGGAAUGCUCGGCUUAUCUCAGUAAUAUAUCUGAUUCCAGUUAAUCAUUUCUCCGACUUACUAUAAUGUACUGUUUAUCAGUAACUGAGUGGGAUAUUGAGCCUGAUUUCAUUACGAAAUGUUGUAGUGAUUUGUAUGUAUUAAUUUUUGUAUUUGUAAAAUAAAUAAAUUUAUUUAUGUAUAA